AGCGCGCAUAAUAUCCCUUCCUCCGCGGGACUUGCUGCAAGCAGGUACAGCAUCUCUGCAGUCCGCCGCUCAGCUGUCAUCCUCAGCUGUCCAGCGCUUCCAGCCUCUAUAGAAAACUUCAAGCACUGCAAUCGCAGGCCCUGCUUCUUCUGUCUGCCGUGUCCGUGAUGAGUUACUACAUGGAUCCAGUUUCUUCCUACCCGGCCCUUCACCCCUGUGACCGUCUGGGCGCAACGAGACAAAGUGGGGGAGUAGCAUUGGGACCUCAGAACCAGCUCCCAGGCGUGGUCCACCCUCAGCAGCAGUUUUACCCCUCACAGCCCAUUCAUCCGCAUGACAUACCGCUACAGGAGGUCCCAGAGGGCCACGACAUGUGUCCUACAGAUCCAGAGUGUGGAGACGUCCCCCUGUUGACUCCUGGGAGUAAAGAGAUGAUGUCCCAAGCUCUGAAGGCCACAUUCAGUGGCUUCACAAAGGAGCAGCAAAGGCUGGGUAUUCCCAAAGAUCCCAGACAGUGGACAGAAAACCAUGUGGUGGAAUGGCUAACGUGGACAGUAAAUGAGUUCAGUCUGAAAAAUGUCGACUUUGAGAAAUUUGGAAUGAAUGGAGCCAGCCUGUGCGCGAUGGGGAAGGACCGCUUUUUGGACUUAGCACCUGACUUUGUGGGCGACAUCCUUUGGGAACAUUUAGAAAUGCUCCAGAAAGAGGAUACAAAGCAUUACCCCAUCAAUGGACUGACCUCCAACUUCCAGGAAUCUCGUUAUACCUCAGACUAUUUUGUCAAGCCGGGCUUCAUCACGGAGUCCUACCAGACGCUCCAUCCCAUCAGCUCUGAGGAACUGCUUACACUCAAGUAUGAGAGCGAAUACCCCGGCAUCAUCCUACGAGACACGGCCCUCAACUCCAUGCAGGGGGACUAUUUCUCUGUCAAGCAGGAAGUGGUGUCCCCCGACAAUAUGUGUGUGGGACGCCUCAGCAGAGGUAAACUUGGUGGCCAGGACUCCUUUGAGAGCAUCGAUAGCUUUGAGAGCUGUGACCGACUGACCCAGUCGUGGAGCAGCCAGUCGUCGUUCAGCAGCCUGCAGCGGGUACCAUCCUACGACAGCUUUGAUUCAGAAGAUUACCCCACCGCCCUGCAUGGCCACAAGCCCAAGGGCACCUUCAAGGACUACGUGAGGGAACGCUCCGACCUCAGCAAGGAUAAGCCAGUCAUCCCAGCGGCAGCGCUGGCAGGAUACACGGGCAGUGGCCCCAUCCAGCUGUGGCAGUUUCUUCUGGAGUUGCUGACCGACAAGUCCUGCCAGUCCUUCAUCAGCUGGACAGGCGACGGCUGGGAGUUUAAGCUCUCUGACCCAGAUGAGGUUGCCCGAAGGUGGGGAAAGAGGAAAAACAAGCCCAAAAUGAAUUAUGAGAAACUGAGCCGUGGCCUGCGCUACUACUACGACAAGAAUAUUAUCCACAAGACUUCUGGGAAGCGCUACGUCUACCGCUUUGUCUGUGACUUGAAAAGCUUGCUCGGCUACACACCUGAAGAGCUGCACGCAAUGUUGGACGUAAAGCCCGACACAGACGAGUGAAAACAGAACCGAGGGGGAAAAAAAGCAAAAACAAACUGAGGACAAAAGUUAAGGAGCCACAGGGACUGAGGCUUGUGAGACAGACUUGGUAAUCCAUUUUUCUGGGGGGACCGAAAAGUUUUUUUAAAGACUCGGUGUGGUCUUUGUCAGGUUUGAGCUCCAGUCUUUCAGACCACGUUUUAAAAGGAAGGCAGAAGCCAAAAAAAGCCUGUAUUCACAACCUGUUGGAUUUGACGUGCUUACCUGUGUGUGAGUGUGCAUUUGAUUGUGCGCGUGUGUGAAAUGUUACUGGUAUUAUUUAGCAGCUCAAGGCAAGUGAGGCGCUAUUGGGUAGGAUUAUCAGGUUAUCUUCUGUUCCGUUUAGGUAGCAAAGCGGGGGAGACGAGAGCUCCGAGAUACAAGGUGUGAAUGAACAAUGCAGUUCAAGAAGGAACCUUUUUAAAGUAACUCAUUUCUUUUUUGAGUCAAUGAGGAAGCAGGUAAAAGGUUCCUGCUGAGGUAACAGUUGCCAAAAUGUCAUUACUGAACUGAUAUUUACAUCUAUUAUCACUGUUUCUCUUCUGCAAGUAGAGAGUUUUUAGCAAGGACCAAAAAAAGUGUAAUGUUGGAUUUAAUGUUCAAGGACCAUAUGCUUGUGCCAGUAUUAUAUUGUUAGAGCACCUGAUUAAUGUCUCGUAGGCUGAUUACUGGGCAGAGUAUUUCUUUUUUAAAGGGGUUUAAAAUACAUUUCACCACUGAAAGCCAAUUUACAUUGCUCUCUUCAUGCAGAGCAUUGCAGAACUGCUCCAAACUGAGUCAGACAACACUAGAGACACUCUAGCCCCAUGCUCUAUCAGCCUGCAAGAGCCUGUUUGAGAUUACUCAUACCCAAAGAUGUCUGAAAGACAACUGAAAGUAGCCGUUGCUCUUGAAACCGACGCUUUCACCCUUUAUGUACGUGUGGCCACCUUGUUAGGGACACAUUCUGUGACUGAAACAUAAGCAUUUUUGCAUAUGCCUCCAGUAUUAGCAAACUGUAGACAAUCUAUGUGGGGAGAAUCAGGAGUCUUUGGUGCAAAUUAGAUGAACCGUUUUGUCAGUUCACUGUCAAGAUCAACGAUCGUUUUGAUAAUGUUUUAAUGGUUCUGUCUAUUCUGUAAAAGUUAUGGUGAUUUUUACUCAACUUGAAAUGUCAAAUUUAGUCCCUUUUUGUCUGUUAUCUAGCACAUGUUGCCCAUAGAAAGGAGUUAGAAUUGUGUGAUGGUGCAAUGUAGGAAGACUGAGCAGCAGUAGACAAAUGUUGGCUAUGGAGAGUGGGAAUCUGUUAGGUAUGAACAAUGGUCAUGGAAAGGAGGUUUUUGGAAUAUGCAGGUGAUUAUCACUUAGGAAGUAGAAAGGACGCAAGUUGGCUUGUAUGACUCAUGCAGGGUUGAUGGCAGACUAUUCCGAUUGUUGUUUAUGUGUGUUUUAUCAAUUAACAAAAUAAUAUAUGUCUCAGAGAGUGUCGUAUUCAAAGAGCACAUUUAUAUCAAUUCACUGGUUACAAUUUAAGCGAAUUGGCAGUGGUUUCCUCCCCAAGUAGUGGGAACAGUGUCGGUACACUGGGAAAUGCCAAAGUUGAAUAUUAUCCUAAAAUACUAUGUUAUUGUUUACAGUGGCUGAAUGUUACCCAUAUGGAUGAAAAUAGCUUUGGAGAUGUCUAUUUGUACAGAUUGUAUUUCAUAAUGCUUUAUUGAGACCCGGAUUACACAAAUAAUCGUGAGACAAAGCAGGAAUAAUAACCAAAACCCAUGUGAGGUCUUUUGGCUACGGUGCUUUGGGUGUCUACAAUGUUUGAAGACACAGAGCAGAAAUUUCUCAUGUAUUUGGAAAGUGUUGUCUUUUAUCUUUUUUUUUGUAAAGCAGACUGCUUUAGGACAAAGUCUUUGCUGAUUCGGGUUUCCCACUGAGUGCAGAGAAGAGAUGCUGUAUUUGUUCUUCUUGCCUAACUGGUAAAAAGCUCCAUCAUUCAUCCAGCACUGACUCUCAAACCUGUGUUGCUUUUACAAUACAGUGAAUAAGAUCUAAAUGUAAUAAACUGCACUGUAUGUUCAGUCUAUUCUUCUUGUUUCAAAACAGUGUUUCUUUUGUUUCUGUUUCUUUUUUGUUUUGUUUUUUCCAUUUUGUUGUCAUAAUGUAUAAAACAAAGGAAAACUUUAUUGCCUAUAAUGUUAAUAUUUCAAAGAAAAAUGUUUUGUCAGGAAGCAUUCUGUUGUUUAAUGUGGGAGACUACAACCUACUGCAGGACUUGUUAUCAGUGACGAGUAUAUAUACACGCACCAAUAUUUUGUGGCAUAUGCAUAUCUCAAAAUGGAUUUUAGAAGGAAAGCCUUAUUGUCUUUUAAUGGAUGUUAUUCUUUUCUGUACAUUUUAUAGUGUCUUUGUAUUUUUUUUGUUAAGAGAUCAUUUUUAUUGUAUUUAGUUCACAAACAUUUGAAUAUUUUUCAAUAAUUUAUAUUUUAUAAAAGACGAGAGACGCAGACAGCUGGUGCUUUCAUGGGAAUUUAAAGGUAGCGCAGGACAAAAUAAUGUAGCGGAGUUCUUUUCAAUUGUCUGUUUUUUUGUUUUUGUUUUUUUUUUAAUAUAAAAAAUAGACCUGUCUGCUUGAGGAAAAAAGGCUGAUGCUGGCCCAUCAAUGAUUUCUGCUGGAAAGGUUUUAUAAACUGUAGCUUCUAUUUCUAAAAUGUACUUCAAAAUGUUAUAAAAUAUAUGUGAAGAAAGAUUUUAUCAUUCU